GGGAGGGGGAGGGAGGCCGGGCGCGGCGGCCGCCUCAGCCUCCGCCUCAGACGAGGGAGCGGCGGCCGCCAUGGAGCCGCCGCGCGUCGCCUCGGUGUCCGCCUGCCUGAGGGACUGGGACGAACUGCAGCGAGACUUCGCCGACCUCCAGGACACCCACAAGCAGUACCGGCAGAAGCUCGAGGAGCUGACCAAGCUGCAGAACAGCUGCUCCAACUCCAUCGCCAGGCAGAAGAAGUGGCUGAAGGCUCUGGCGCUGACCCUGAAAGCGUGCAAACCCUCUACCCUGGGGGAGGAGAAGCAGGAGCUGGCCCAGGAGCUGCAGAGCCAGAUCAAGGAGAGGCAGAGCGUCUUCUUCGACAUGGAGGCCUACCUGCCCAAGAAGAACGGGUUGUACCUGAACCUGGUCCUGGGCAGCGUCAACGUCACCCUCCUCGACAAGCAGGCCAAGUUUGCCUACAAGGACGAGUAUGAGAAAUUCAAGCUCUACCUCACCAUCCUCCUCCUCAUCACCUCCUUCUCCUGCCGCUUUCUCCUCAACUCCAGGGUGACCGACUCAGCUUUCAACUUCCUGCUGGUCUGGUACUACUGUACCCUGACGAUCCGGGAGAGCAUCCUCAUCAACAACGGCUCCAAGAUCAAAGGCUGGUGGGUCUCCCACCAUUACAUCUCCACCUUCCUGUCGGGCGUCAUGCUCACCUGGCCCGACGGCCCCAUGUACCAGAAAUUCCGGAACCAGUUCCUGUCCUUCUCCAUGUACCAGAGCUUCGUGCAGUUUCUCCAGUACUACUACCAGAGCGGCUGUCUGUACCGCUUGCGGGCGCUGGGAGAGAGGCACAACAUGGAUCUGACCGUGGAGGGUUUCCAGUCGUGGAUGUGGAGAGGCCUCACUUUCUUGUUGCCCUUCCUCUUCUUCGGCCAUUUCUGGCAGCUGUUCAAUGCCGUGACCCUGUUCCAGCUGGCGCGGGAGCCCCAGUGCCACGAGUGGCAGGUGCUGAUGUGCGGCCUCCCCUUCCUCUUCCUCUUCCUCGGCAACUUCUUCACCACCCUGCGCGUCGUCCACCAGAAGUUCCACAGCCAACACGCGGCCAAGACGAAGUGACGGGGCGGGGCGGCCCGUCCCCCGCGCCGGCCCGGGGCGGCCGGCUCCGGGACCCCCGCCCUCUCCUCGCUGCCCCC